GCGGAAGUGCAUGUGGAUGACGUGUUUCCCCCGUCUCACGAACAGCGUUAUUAAAGAUGGCGGCUGACUAGCUUGAAAAAUAGAAAUACAUGAACAUCGUAAUGAGCGGUUUUAACAGCUAGAGGUAGGAAACUGACGAGCAUUUACAGCUACGCUAUACGUUCCCGGACUAAAGGCAACGCUGGAUAACUUUUACUGCCGCAAAAAGCAAUUACUUCUUCCUCAACUGGUCUGUAAAGAUUUUUACUCGUGCGCAUUUUUUUCAUUACAAAACUAAAAAUAUUGAAUCGCGUUCUAUUCUCCAAGAGCACGAUUAGUUGCUAAUGUAAAAAAAAAAAUCCUUUAGAGGAUAUCGAUAAUUAUUUAGAAGAAAUCUUAUUUGAAUUAUUUACGUUAGUCCCCCCCUGAUUUUCAUCAUCAAUGGUCAGAGUACGUUCAAAUUAAUAAAAAAUAAACUAAACAUAAACCUUUAAAUGGGCCACAGAAAGGUGUUAUGGUUAAUCUAUUGAUCAGUCUUGGGUCGUGGGUAGAUUGCAUACCACUUUUGUUUUUUGCUUUUGUUGCUUCCUGUUACAUAGUCUUUUAUAAGUUUUCAUGUGGUAAAAUAAAACAAAUAUAAAAGGGCAAUAUCAAACAAAAACACAUCUAAACAUAAUAAAAGUCCAUUCUCCAGGAUGUCGGACUAUCUGACAAAAGGCUUUAGGGCUCAGUUGACCUCAACUAUGGAAGCAACCCUGAGGAAAGUGGUGUGUGACAUCAUCAUUAUCUUUGAAGAAAGCCUACAUGGCCAUCAGAUGGAACUGGUGCAGAAAGGUGAAGAGGUUGCGUGCCUCAAAGUAAAACUGCAAGCUGCAGAGCUCAAACUGAAGGAACAUGAGAUAGGUGCAGUAGAAAGGAGUAAAACUCUAAUAACUGACACCAAUAAAGAAGUUGCUGUGGAACCUCCUGGACAAAUGACUGAUGUCCCUGAGAUUGACUUUGAAGUACCUGAAGACUGGUGUUGUCCUGUGGGUGAUGAGACCCCGCCCAAACAAGAUGGAGUUUGUCCCAGUGUUAGACUUCGGCAGGUGUUGAUUCCACUUCACCGCAUUCCACCCUUAAAGCAGGAGGAAUCAAGCCCAGCCUUUGAUUCCUCUGAGACAAUAGGAUGCGUCAGGAGAUCAACCACAGGUUCUACCAAAAAUAAAAGAGAUGUCACUAAAGACAAAACUUUACCAAACCAUGGUAUAAGGAAAAGGCGUAGCAGAAGUGACAUUAAAAAUCUGCUCGAAGACCUGGAACAUUGCCAUGAACUGGGCACAGUGGUUCACAGAACAAGAUGCAGAAAUUUAACAGAAGAACAACAACACAAUCAAGUGAAGAGGAGAAAAAAAGACAGUAACCUUCUCGUCAGCAAAUACACUAAAGAAAAAGGAGGGAAAGAAGGUCGCAAAAAGAAGUUCCCUUCUCAGAGUAUUCCUGUAGCUCAAGAAGCAAAAUGUACAAAAUUGCAAACAAGGUUGGCAAAGAAGGCAGAACGCAAUAGCUCUCAAAAACGAGAGCCUCGUGGAAAGAAUAAAGUUGCAUCACAGCCCAGAAAAAGGGUGAUUCGAAAAAAGGAAAGCAAACACUGUGAGUCAUCUAGUCAUACAAUUGAGAAUGGAAAUCUUACCUGGACCAUGCCUAUAGAAGACAUCGAAAGUAAUGGAGUUGAAGUUUCCACCGUCAAUUAUAAACCCAUGGUUGAACGUAGCUCUGAAGGUCAUAUCUGCUCCAUUUGUCAGAAGGUGUGCAAAACCAGGUUCUUGAUGGUUGAACACUUUCGCGUUCACACCGGAGAGAAGCCUGUCAAAUGUAAAAUGUGUCAGGCAACAUUUCGUACUGUCCAACAAAGAUACCUGCAUGUGAAAAGAUGGCACGAUGACAAGAAAACAUGGCAGUGCAAGAAAUGUAAGAAGAUACUGCCAUCAAAAAGAAAGCAUGAUAAGCAUGAGGGCAUGUGUUGUCUUAAAUAGUCUCUUCUCUUCUUCGUCUGGUUUGUGAAAAGAACUUCUAUAGAGGUGACCUCCAGAACAACAUGAUGUGUAAAAACGGUUGAAGCUGUGAACAUUCACACUGUUGUCUGAAAUACUCAAAGAUGUUUGCAUUAAUGCCCAUAAUACCUAAUGUACUUUUACUAUGACAAUUUUUUUUCUCUUCACGGGUGUAUAUUCUGUUUAUGAUUAAAAAAAACUUCUUUGGGGAUGAUGUUAAGAAAAGCAUACUUGUUUUUUAUUUAUGUCAGGUAGGGAAAAAUGAAUAUGGGAAUGGGCAGAUUUCUGCAUUUUCACUUCUCAACACGCUCAAAACGGUUCAUUGUAGUGUACUUGAUAACUUUAUAUAUUUUGUGUAAGAGCAUUUAUUUAGUACACAGUGGAUGUUUUAUAUGUUUAGGUCAUACAGCGGUGUCCUCAUCGCAGGCACGGGUUGGCAUUUCUUAUCGCGAGACUUGUAACGUGCCCUCGUCACAGAAACCAACCUGCUAACGGGAGGAGAAAAAAACAAUAUGAAAGCGUUAUCGUGAAUUUAACAUUGAUAAAAUGGAGUCAACGGAUGUAAAUUUACAAUAGGUUUUCUCAAAAUGUCCUGCUCGAAUUAUUAAACUUACUUAUGCUGUUAUUACCACUGGUUUUGAGUCACAACAGUCUGAUUGCACGUUGAUCGAAGGUAAGGCUAACUAGCAUAGCCUUUUAACACGACUUGUUUUAUAAUACGGGUUGUCAUAUGUAAACAUCUGCCAACCUUCGUGAAAUUAUAGGACAUUAUAAAGUGAGUUGUAGCAUGUCAACACAUCUGUCAGCGCUUUAACACUAAGUAAGAGUAAAGUGGUUUCAAGAGUGUAUUGAUUUGCGCUGCUACAUCAAGCAUAUAUAGGUAUUCAGUUAUAUGGAGAUUAGACUAUAUCAUAAAUAAAGACCAUUGUAGGAAUGGCAAUGACAGAUGAACAUGGCAGCAUCUCAGGGUAGAGGAGUGCACAGUUGUAGUAACAUCACUGUUCCUCUGGAGUCUACGCAUAGAAAAGACCAGCGCAAAUCGAUCACCGACGUAGACCAGACUCCGUUGGUGAAAGUGAGGACCAUGGAGUCGGUUAGGAGCACGUUCCACACUCAACUGGCAACUGUCAUGGACUCCCUGUUGGCUGCUGCCGUUUGUGAGAUCGCUAAGAUCUUUGAGAGCAGCCUGUGUGAGCAGCAGGCGGCGCUGGUACAGAAAACCGAGGAGAUCUGUGUCCUACGAGACAAGCUGGAGAAGGUGGAGAAGAAGCAGAAGACGAAGACCGGCGAAGGAGAUGUGACAUCAGAAGAGAGAUGCGACAGUUCGAGGCAGCGCGCCGUCACAGCAUCAGGACCUACUGUACAAAAGGAUGUGUCCUCCCACUCAGACAUAGAAGAAUGUUUCAAUCAGAGCAAAGGUGGGCUAAAAGUGGAGGUCACUGGCCAAAACGGAGGUUCAGUCAAACAUGAGCAGGCUGGACCUCGGCCUUCACUAUCUGUCCCACUCCAAGCUGUAGAAGGAAGCCUUGCUACUCAAGACCAGAGGCAGAUGGAUUCCCUGUCUGCCACACAAGCCAAGGCUAAAGUAGUGUCUCAUUGGGAUGAAGGCAGUCAUGGUGCAGACCACAGACCCAUCCAGGACCAAAGCUCCACCUCGUUUCUGUCAAUCUCUCAGAGCGGACGUUGCUCCUCUAGUCCUGACACUGGUUUAACUCAACCACGGGAAUGGUUACCAGGUUUGGAGGCCGGCCGUGGUCUGAAGACUCUGCAGACAGAUGGAACCAGCAGCACAGCUCACAGCAGCACUGGCACAGACACACCCUGCUUCCAAAGUGGUUUCGGUUCAGAGGAGACCAGCAACGAGGAUGAUGAUAACACGUUCCCUUUCUUGGACCAUGAACCUGAGAACCAGAACCUGAAUCACAACUCAGUGCAGGGCCAGAUCCAAGAACUUGGACAGACAGAGGAUAGACAAGAUCAGUCACAAACUUCCUCACAGUGGAGACCCCGAGAUGACCGAGGUGGGAGGGCCACCACCAGUAACACCCGACGUGUCAUGUCACUAGGCCUCAGAGACCCUCUGAGACCACAGUCAAACUCACAGCUGCACACACUGAGGCACACAAACUCUCUCGGUCACCCGCCAGCUCCUGGUGGGGGAAAUGGAAGACCUUAUACCUGCCCCUACUGCAGCAAGUGUUUUACCUACCCCUCCCACCAGCGCAGACACCUUUUACGGCACACGGGUGUCAGAUUGCAUCCCUGUCAGUUCUGCGACAAGAGCUUCCUCACUCCGUCAGAGCUCACAGUCCACACUCGCACACACACAGGAGAGCGCCCGUUCGCCUGUGCCCAGUGCGGCAAACGUUUUGCCCGCAGUGGAAACUUAAGAGCCCACCAGCGAGACGUUCACAUGGGCAAGAGGCCCUUCUCCUGCACAGAGUGUGGGAAGAGGUUUGCUCACAGAGGGAACCUAAGGGUCCACAAUCACAGGGUCCAUCAAGGAGAUCCUUAUUACAUGGAGGACCAGCAGGAAGCUGAAAUCGGCCCUAAUCCGAUUUAAAAAUCUGUGUCAAGAUUGUUAAUCUGCACUUUAUCUUUACAAGGCCAAACCAUCGAUAAGAUUCUGAUGACCUAAAAAGUCAAAUUAUUUCAUUUUUUCCUAAUGUGAGGUUACAAGUGAAUUAGCCUCUACAUUUAGUACUCAGUGAGGUACAAAAGUAUUAAUAAUGAUUACCUAUGAAAAUUAUGGUUCCACUAAGGGAGUGUCCUUUCCUUAUUUAAUUUUAUUUAAUAAAACAGCUGAAAAAUGUUUGUUUACAUGAGAUGUCUUCUUCCUUAAGCAGUGUUCUUCCUCGUCACUGGACAUUCAUUGCACAAAACGUAUUUUCAUGGGUUCCAUGAGUCAUAAUUUGUUCAUUAGAUUUAUAAAUGGCAUGUACACACAGAAUGGCACAGCUCUUCCUUCUAAUUUGUGCUGAUCUACUGACUGUACCUAUAGGUGCACUGUUACAAAAAUAAAUGUUAUAAAAUA